CUCCGCAUAGGUCGGCCCGCUCGGCUCUCCAAUGAAAAUGCCGGGACUAUCGCAAGCGCCAGCACAAUUCCCAGAACAUACCUUACCUUGCAACAGCUCAUCGAACCUGUCGACGCUUCUAGAACCUACAUGCUCCCCUCGUUUCUCCAGAGCCAAAGAACCUUCUGAGGGGCUGGGAGAAACCCGGCAGCCAAUCCAUCGUACAGGGUGGCAGGGGUAAGCUAAAUACCC